UGACGAAAUGAGCUGCUGCGACGCUGCCACUCUCCGUGGUCUCUCUGUUAAGUGUCCGUUUAUCAAAGAAGCCUGUUAAGGACACCGUUCGACCAAGCAACAACUCGGGACAGCUUCCUGGUGUUACUGUGUCAAGGCCUCAUGCUUAUCUCAGCGCUGUGCCACACAGUUCCACUUUACAAGCCUGGCGCUCUUUAGACUGCAGACAUCCAGCCAUAACAACGUAAUGACUGACCUUGAGCCUGGGACCGGUUUGUCUGCCUGCCGAAGUGUUCAGUCCCUCUACUCUGGCCCCCUAAUGUGGUCAACAUGCCUGUGCCGUGCUCACGAAAGCUCCAGCUCUUUGCACCUCCUGAGACUUUGGUGGCACCGGAGAGGAACCGGUUUUGCAAAGCUGAAGCCUAUGCCGUCCCAGCAGCACCUCUGCCAGCCCACUAGUUUACCGCACACGGCGGCUAAAAUGUGAAGAGUGAAUUGGCGCAAAGGCUGGAGGGAAAACAGAAACGCAAGCCUGCUAGUUAACAGGGACAGCACGAACUCCCGAGUGGACCGAGUGGGAGGAACCAAGUGGUUGAAAAAGCUGGACAAGCUGGAUCGUUUCCCUCUGGCUGAGGUGCACCUGCUGCAUGUGAACCAGGAAGGCAUCAGAAGACGCGAGGCUGCAAGAACGUGAGGAAAAAGAGGGACAGAGAGAGACAACAGAGUGAAAAAAGAGGGGAGACGACUUUGUGAUGCAAAGAGACGCGUGGCGACUGAAUGCAACACGGAGGCGUCGUGGCAGCAGCCCCGCAGAGACAAAAGGUUGCAGUGGUGCACGGAUGUUCCUUCGUCAGGUAGGCAGACGCACAACAGCACAACACAGUCAAGGCGAUCAAUACACCUGCCACUGGGCUCGCCAUCUGGCGUGCAGCAUCAGGAGAGAGGAGGCGGCUCCGACCGAACACACUCGCCAACCUCCAAGGAAAAGUGCGAUUGAAAGGUGUGACACGGCUGCCUGGAUUGUCACUUCCAACCUGAGCGAAAACGCCAAAGCAUCACAGGCUACAUAUCGACGGAGAAAAAUGUGCAGAGCAUGGAUGACUGCUUCAAAAUCCUUGACCGUCUGUUCAACUUCAACCCCAAAGUGAUCGAGGCCGGCAGAGUUGGGCUAGGCUACAAGGACCAGCUGACGGACACCAUGCAGGAAGCGAUUCUUCCCGUGAUGAACGAGCUUGGGGGAAAAACCAAUCCCGACACGGUGUACGAGAGCAAGCUGCAGACAGCAGCAGACAAUUUCAUCGCUGCAGCCUCCAAACUGCCUCGAGCCACUAGAUGCAUCCCCCCGUGCGGUUUUCAGACUCAAGAUGGCCAUUACGACUGUGAAAAAUGCAUAUAUGAUUCCUGUAAUUUUCCUCUUGACUGCCCAGUAGAACAAAUAACAGUGGACGAGAACGACCCGACCCAAAUGUUGUGCAACGUGCCAUUUGCCUUACCCACCAAUACCAAACUCAUCUGGAGCUGGACGUUUGCAGAGCAGGUGCAAACUCGGCAGGUGGAGCUGUUUGAAGAAAUUACAGUCGGGGAGGACAAUCUCUACUCCAUCUCAUCCACCAAGACGCACCACCAGGGCACCUACCAGUGUGAGAUCUACUCGGGCAAGCUGUCCAUUGUCAGAAAUUACUACUUUCUCACAGUGACCCCCCACGUCGUGGCGGGCCAUUCCGAGCUGCAGGAGAUAUUUGAGCUGUCUCUGCUCCCGGGAGGGAGGCUACGAAGCGGGUCUCCUCUCCCCUCUCAGCACCUCCCGUCGCGCGUGCUCAUCGGCAUCUGCUUUACAUCUUUGCUGGUCCUCCUCCUCCUCGCCUUGGGGGAGGCAGUACUACGCGAAUUCUGGCCAGUGUCGACGCCCCUGCAAAGAGGAGGUCAUCACCGUGACAUGGCAUUUAAACCCCGGGAAGAUUUCAGUGCACUUUAGAGGAACAAGGUGCUUGCUUAACACUUCAGGACAAAAUAUUUGACACUGGACAUUCGUGUAUAUUUGCUGACAUUCAUCACUAAGGAAUAAGGUCUUUGUGAGGAAGUGCCUCACCCAAACACUCCAUGUGUCAGAAGGCCUUUGUGGUCACGUCAAGAAUGAGGGUCACAGGUAAAUGUGAAUAACAUUCACGUACAUUGCUUACCUAUGGAUUCUGGUCACUGUGGAACUUUCAAACGACCCGAGGAACAUGCCACUUAUUUUGCUAAUGAAAUGUCCGUCUUUAUGAAGAAGAGCAAUGGUUAUUAUUACCGCAUUACAUAUGUACAUUUUGUAAAUGGUAAUACUUUAAACGGUCGAUGCAGAAAUGUUAUACCAAGGAAAGAAAAAAUUUUGAUACAUCACAGCGCACACGCAGUGAUCCACAGAUGCCAGUAUUGGGAAAGUUCGUUUUCUACGCGGGUUCACCUUUCCAAAAAUGAGCUAGUACAGUUCAUAGUGAAUAAUUCAAAAUUUUGAACUAUGUUUACAGUUCUAAAAAUGAACUAGUUCAUGGUUCUUUUUUUCCCCAUGUGUCGCUGAUGGGCUAUUUAUUACCCUCAAAAUACUAGCGUUUUCAUUUCCUCAUUGUUGCCACCCAUUCAGUCCACACUAGUAACCAGCUGAAGCUUUCACCGUACAAUCUCAAAAAUAUGAGGAAAAACUUGUCUCUUGAGUAUUCUUUUUUUACAAAACAAAAUACAAAACAAAAACAGGAGUUUUGUCCUUAGUGCGCAAACAAAAACACGCAACGCAGUGUGACAGCAACGAUGGUGAAAGGACAAUGAUAAGUGCAUUUCUCGCAGCUCUGGCUAACUAUAUUAACAAAAUAUUUUAUCUAUUAUAAUAAAAAAAUCUAUUCCACAUUAUGACAGUGUGUUCGUACAGUGUUCUAACUAAAGCUCUCUGAUGCAAAUAAUAAUUUUCCCAGUAAUCCAUUUUUACAAUUAUGCACCAAAGAACACAUUUCCUCCCGUUUACGCAGUGUCCCGGAACGCACCCUGCGCAAUUCCAAUGUAAACACGACUGGGUUGCCAAAUACGACGUUUUUACCCCGACUUCUGACGGCUCGUAUAGUGUGUGUUCAGACGGGUUUAUGACUUGGAAGUCCCGAACAAAACCUGCCACUCCUGAAAAAAUGAAAAUGAACUUUCGUUCGAAAACCGUUCACAGACGCCAGAAUGAGCUCGUUCUCAAUAAUGUUCAUCAGGCAGAGAGGAACAAAAUUAAAUUCAAUUAGAUAAUUUAAGUUCUAAAUUACUAAUUGGAAUUUGUUUUGGGGUUUUUUUUUGUAAAUUUUUGAAUGUUUCACAA